GUUUUUUUCCGGCAACAUAUUGGCUAUUAACGGGAGACCCACAAACUCAGCAUUGUGCAAAACAACACAUGCAGGGCCAAGUUACUCUCGAGCCGACUCCUCUUAGGCCACGCCCCACCAGGAAGUACAACUAUAAACUCAGCACCAGGGCUUUCACUUUUAGCAAUGUGUUUACGGAAGAUAGCAGACGAGCAAUACUGAGGGCUUUACUCAGCUUUAACUUUAAAGGUAGGAAUCAUUGUACUGAUUAACUGCCAUGAUCUUGUGCUAAGGCUCAUGGGUUGUACAUAACAAAAGAACAGAAGUGUUUACAAAGGAAGCAGCUGAGUGCUGGACAAACUCUGCAGUUAACUCCUUCCUGUCUGCUCUUUUCAUGCUCACCAGCACUCUUUGAAGAAGUAGGGAUCAAGAAUGGAAGAUACAGAGAAAACAAAGCUUGAGCAGAUGCUGAUAUGCCCCGUGUGCCAGGACACCUUUAAGGAUCCCCGGCAGCUGCCCUGUGGACACAGCAUUUGUAUGGUCUGUCUGGAAAACAUGAUGGAUCACACCUCAGACUUUCCCUUCCGUUGCCCAGACUGUAGGACAUUUUUUGGACCAAUCAUUGAGGUGCAGAAGAGCUACGCACUGGCCAACAUCGUAGAGCAUUUCAGGGUGAACAAGAGGAGCAGGCAGGAAGAGCAGACAAAAAGCGUGUACUGCGACUGCUGCUUGGAAGAAAAAACUCUGGCCAUCAAAACGUGUCUGAAGUGUGAAGUGUCGCUGUGCAAAGAUCACCUCAAGGACCACCUGGAGCUGCCGGUGUUCACGGGACACCCCUUGGUAAGGCCUCUUGGGGACCUGCUGGAGAGGAAAUGCCCGCAUCACGAGGACAAGGUGCUGAGGUACUAUUGCAACGCUUCUAUGCGCUACAUCUGCAACGUGUGCGCCCUGGAGAGCAAGCAGCACAAUCUGGCCACGGAGGCCUCCUCUGUCCUGCGGAGACAGCUGACUGAGUACAUGGACCAACGCUUCGACAUGCUCAAGGAGCAAAUUGGAGAAUCGAGAGACAAACUGCAAAAAGACAUCCAACAUAAAAAAGUGAAACCGGCCGUCUCGCCCCUCAACAGUGUCACAGUGGUGCUGCUUUUUCUGUGGUUCAUUGUUCUGUAUUACGCUUACAACUACUCUGUGGAGAACCAGAUGCUAACAGAAGCGCUGGACAAACAGCAGAACCUUGUGCAUCACAUUUAUUCCACCAUUGCAGGGAAACCUCCUGAGGAACUCAACCAACUUGUAAAAUCUUUUCUUUUUCUUUACAAAGAACUCUUGGUUGAUCAUCCAAAAAAGAGCCACAAACCUCCAGAGACAGAAGAUCAAGGAGACGAUCUGUUGAAACAUUGGAAUGGAAAUAUUAGUUAAAAGCAAUCGAUGGGAGUGUUUGUGUUGGCGCACAUUGAAUAGCCUGAUGGAGAUGCUAUAACCUGUGGCCUGUACUGGCAGUGUGAUGCUGACUGUGUAGAAACUCAUUGUUUGUAUCAAAGAGAGCUAAGCAGACGACGAGUGUGUGUACAUGAACAUUAAUACCCUGGUUUGGAUCAUAUACGAUGUUAACAAGGUUAUUCACAUCUCUGUCAUCAUGAUUCUAAUAUUAUCCAGGCUUCUGAUCGUAAGCAUCGUUUCUGUACCGACUAAGUUGCCUCAAUAUUUGAGGAUGAUCUGUUUGGUUUCUGUCUGCCUGGACUCUGCUGCAUUUACCUCUGUGGUUUUAUUUACAUUAGAUUCAUCUUAAUGUUCAGUAAUGGAAGAAGAGAGCAACAAUAAAAUGAUAAUUUGCAUCA